UUUAAUACUAUUUACAUGAAUUUGUAAAUCUAAUCUAUUAUCUACCUGCUGUGAUAAUUUUCCUUUCAUUCUUCACUUCAAAUCAUUUCAAAUGGAGACACUGCACACUACAAUGGCGGGUAUGAUGGAGCACUUUAAUAAGACUAUGGCUGAGUUCCAAAACCAGCUGAAGGCAAACAACACACCAGCUACAGUGCCUUCGCUUGAAUCUGACUUUGUCACUUUCCGGAGCUUUAUAACAACUGCACUCACUAGUCUUCAGAAGCAAGUGGAAAUAAUUGCCCGCCAACAAGAACAGAUGGAGAUGCGUAGUAGACGCAAAAUGUUGUUGCUGCAUGGAGUGCCAGAGUCACAACGGGAAUCUGUAGCCCAGGUGGUAGCGAAGGUUGUCAUAGACAGGCUGGAUAUUGGAGACUUCACUACAGGACAUAUCUCUCGGUGUCACCGUCUUGGUCGUACAUUGAAAGACAAGCCUCGCCCGAUAGUUGUGAAGUUCCGUGACUUAGACAUCAGGAAUGAGGUAUGGUAUGCCAAAACUAAACUUAAGGGCAGCGGGUUCACCAUGUCAGAAUUUCUGACUGCGGCCAGACACAGUGUAUUCAUGGCAGCUCGACAACACUUUGGCAUCAAAAACUGUUGGUCGCAUGACGGUUUCAUCGUCGUCGCUGAUGGGGAUGGUACAAGGCAUCGCAUAAGUUGUUCUGGUGAGCUGAGCAAGCUGAUUAGCUCAUUGCCGGCCUCAACAGUCCAAUCUGCAUCGACCCCAGUCAUUGCCAAAGACCCUGCCGUCACUACGAUUCGAUCAAAACGCCAUAGAAAGUAGAAUUGUUUGUUAUUAUUGUAUGUCGAGUAUUCUUUAUUACUGAUUCACUGUAGUAUAUACUUUUUCAAUUUGGUUUUACCUCAGAAACUCAUAAUUAUUACGCUACCUACGAAUUAAUUUUGUUUUCUUUUAUAUGUAAACAUGUCAAUAAGUAAAAUAUUAAAAUCCUUAUGUCUAAU